AAAGUUAAUGUCAGUCGAGAUUUGAUUAUUUGAUGAUGCUUGUAAUUGUGGCAAUGAAGUUUGUAAAAAGACACAAAUUAUGUAUUUCUGUGUUCAUUUCAACUUCAUGUUCCUUUUACAUUUCCAUUCAUUUCUAUGGAAACAUUCAUUUCUUUUUUGCUUUUUUCCCUUUCAUUUUCUUCUUCUUCUUCCUUUACCUCUCUCUCUAUCAACGUAAAUACAAACAUAUACAUAACUGUGGGUAAAAAUGAGCCUCAAUCUUACCCAAUAACUCUGUCUAUUUUAAUCAUGAUACUCUGUCUAAAUUUACUCAGUCUUUCUCGUCUUCUUCUUCCUCUUCUUCUUCAUGUCAAAAACUCUUUUCUCAAUCAAGAUCGAUUCCGAUGUAAAUAAAUGAAGUAAAAUAGCAAACAAAAAACCAACAUCAACCCAAAAACCAACAACAAACAAACAACAGCAACAACCUUUUUUUUACUCCUUUAUUGACCUCUUCUAAUACUAUCAGUUGAACAACUAGAAAAGGAACCAACAAUGAAAAAAAAUCAUAAACGUAACAAUUGUAACAACAGUAAUGUCGAUAGUAAAAUGUCCAAAAAUUGAGGUAAAAAGUGUUCAUUUGAGCAACUUUUCAUCAACCAAAUGGUUUCCACUUUUCGUUCUUGCUUUUUAUUGAAACUGUUUCAUCCUUGUCUUUUUUUGGUUAAACUCAUUUCAACUUUACUUGCAACAAAGUUUCCCCAAUGUUAUUCAAUAGUGAUUGAACCUUUCAAGACAAUCAACAAGUUUAGUUGGUAAACAGGAAAAAGUAAAAGCCAAAUUUACAAAGCAAACUCUUCAUCUCAACUUAACCAUUAAAUGUAACACAAAUGGUUUUACAUUUGACAAUCAAACUGUUCAACUUGAAAGCCUUUACUGGGCCACAAAGGGCAACCUUUAACUGGAUUUUAUAUCCAAACUUUAAACAACCCAAAUCAGUGUCAACGAGUUAAAAGCAAUUUCUUGAACACUCACAAAAAGUCUCAAGAAAAUGUCUCCAUUUGUUUACUUUUUUGCUGCUCUAUUUGUACUGUUUAUUAUUAAUCUAAUUGUUCGAGCUUUCCUACCGGACGACUUAUUUACAGAUUUAGAGAUUGAAGAAUCAGAUUUAUAUGUAAGAUGUAAACCUGGACGGUUGAACAAAUUAUGCAAAGUAACUAGAUUUAAUAAGCAAGAGAUUCGCAAAUUGUACCAAGGAUUUAAACAGGAAUGUCCUUCAGGUUUGGUAACUGAAGAAGCUUUCAAAGGAAUAUUUGCUCACUAUUUCCCUCAAGGAGAUUCAUCCAUUUAUGCCCAUUAUGUGUUUAAAACCUUUCAAAGUGCAGCUAAAAACAAAGGAAAACUCAAUUUUGAGGAUUUCAUUUGUAUGCUGUCAAGUUUAUCGCGAGGUUCAACAUCAGAGAAGCUGCGUUGGAUAUUCAACUUGUACGAUAUUAAUGGAGAUGGUUUUAUAACGAAACAAGAACUUUUGACAAUAGUUCGAGCUGUGUACAGAAUGCUGGGUGAUUUUACCAAGCCUUUGGUUUACUCCAAUACUGUUCAAGAGCAUGUGGAUAAAAUAUUUUUUCAAAUGGAUACAAACCAUGAUGGAGUCAUUACUUUUGAAGAGUUUUCUCAAUGGUGUUUAAGGGACGAUUGUACAUCACAAAAUUUAACGAUGUUUGACACAAUUUUCAUGUAAAUCUCUGGCAGUGGUCAACUUGAUGAAAAAUGAUGGAUGAUCCAAGGUUCACGAGUAGUGCUUACCGGACAUCGGCAUUUACAUUUUUUGUGAUUUACAAAUUUAUCUUGCAAAAUUGAUUCUUUAGAUUGUCCUUGCACUUUCACCCUCAAAGCUUAAAAUGUGAUCAACUUGUAAAUGAGCAAAAGCUGGAAAAGUUUUCGAUUUCCGUGAAUGGUAAUUAUAAAUAAGCGAUGGAAUGGCACGGAACAAUAUUGGUCAAUGAUUGGUUCAGAAUGAUUUAGAGUCCAUUUAUUAAACAAUUUGUUUUCAUUGUACAGAAUUAACGAUACUCAAGCGCCAUCUUUUGACGUUGCAUGUAAUUAUUAUACUACUAUUAUUAACUUGUAUGAAGCUACAAGCAAAUUAAACGAUUUAUUUACUCAAUACAAAACGCUCAUAUCUCCUGACAGACAAAAGUAAUGAUCAUGAGACUAACAUCAAACCAUCUGCAAAAAUUUGUUCUAUCAGAAAAUGACCUUCAAAUGUCAAUUAAAGGUCAAAUCGCGGUUUGACCUUGAAUGGCCUGAGCGUCCGAACUUAUGGUUCUUCAAUCUGCUUAAGCUCAUGGUCCAAGUCUGAGUCUUUAAAAGUCAACUAUAGAGGCGUUUCAAGCAGCUUUACUGUUGGGCCAGAUAAAGAAGCAACUUCUCGACGUUUGAAGAUCAACAUAGGCUAUGAUGGCAACAAUGAUUUUUUUGUCAUGAUAGGCGAGGAGAAACAACUUGUUAUGUGGAAAACUCUGUCAAUAGUGUAUAUAGUAGUUUAUCGAUGUCUUGAGAUGUUGAGAUAUUGUUUGCUUAUUCCUGGUUAUUGACAUUUUGAAUUUGGCCAGCUUGAUCAUCGAAAUGCGUCCCAACCUAGCUGGAGAAAUGCGUUUCCACUAAUAGAACACCGAGAAGGGCUCUUGGUUCUUCGGAGUGAACUAUUAUAUUUUUCCCUGUCACAUAACGAUGCAGAACUUAUACGAAAUUUGGUAACCAGUAACAGUUUUUUCGCUCCUGGUGGCGGAGUUUCUUCAUUACUCAUUAGUUCUUGAUAGUUUGAUCCAUGCUAGUUUGAAUGAUACUUCAGUUUCAGUUGUCUUUGCCUUUUAAUCAUAGUUAGACCGUUGACCAUGGGCCAAACUAGGGACUUGCAACAGAGUUUUCCACAUAACAAUUUGUUU